GUUUUUAUAAUUCAAAUUUCAAACAAACAAAACAAAACAAAAAAAAAAUCCGAUUAAAAAAAACUCAAUGUCUUCAUCUACAAUCUUCAUCUCUCAAAAUAACAAUUCGUUUAUCGAUCAAAUUGAAUUUAAAUGAUCAAUCGCGAAAUAUGAAUAUUUUUUUCGCAUAACAACCAAGUGCGAUUAGAUUUAUGAAAAUUUUUCGUUUUCUGAUUUCAAACUCGUAAAUGUUAUUUCGAAUAUUUCGGCUGUUCGACUAUAUACACUCAAAUAGUCACCAAGAAAUAGCCGAAAUACUCACACACUUUUUUUUGCUGUGAUAACUUUUGUAAUUGGUAAAUCAGGAAAAAUUGAAUCAAGAUCCUAGUAUGCGUCGAUUGAUAAAAUUUCGUGAACAAUCAAACAAAGAAGGUUCGCGGCCAACGAUCAAACCACAGGUUAUUAAAAGUGGUCAAAAAAGUGAUCAAGAAGAAUCUGAUCCCGAAUUAGAACAUGAUGAAGACGGUGAUGUCAUUAGACGUCGUCAUCGACAUCGUGAAGUUAUCGAUGCCGAAGAAAAUGAUGAUGAAAAUAUUGAACGUCGUCAUGAAUUAUUGAAACAACGGAUGCUUAAAUUAAAAUUGGAACCUGCACAAAAUGCUUUCAGUGAUGACGACGAAAACGAUGAGGAAGAAUCAGAAAAUGAAUCCAAAUAUUCAGAAGAUGAAGUAAUGCCUCGAUUGAAACCAAUUUUCGUUUCCAAAAAAGAUAGUAUAACCAUCAAUGAGAAAGAGGAACAGGAACGCAAACGUAUUGAAACUGCCGAAUUGGAAGCGAAAAUUGCAUUGGAAGAACGCCGUCGAUCAACAUUAAAAUUAAUUAAAGAAGACCGUCGUCGUGAAGAAGAAGAACGAGAAAAGAAUAAAGCGGCAGCCGAAGAAGAAGCAAUUAUCAAAGGAAUCGCUUCGGUUAUCACCGAUGAUGAAGAUGAUGAAACGGCAUUCGAAUUAUGGAAAGUCCGUGAAUUAAGACGAAUCAAACGAGAAAAAGAAGAGGAAGAACAACGAGACAGAGAACGACGUGAAAUUGAACGAUUACGAAACAUGACAGAAGAAGAACGACAGGAAGAGUUGAAAAAGAAUCCACGUGUUGUAACUAAUCAACAGAAAAAGGGCAAAUAUAAAUUCCUACAAAAGUAUUAUCAUCGUGGUGCAUUCUAUCUGGAUGCAGAAGAUCAGGUGUUCAAACGAGAUUUUGCGCAACCAACACUGGAAGAUCAUUUUGAUAAAUCCGUAUUGCCAUCGGUUAUGCAAGUGAAAAAUUUUGGCCUUGCUGGUCGCACAAAAUAUACACAUCUAACUGAUGUUGACACGACUGCAUUUGAUUCGGCUUGGUCAGCCAAAGAUAAUACACAUGCGAUACAAUUUCAUCAAGCUCAUGGUGGUGGAAUGAAACAAUCAUUCGAACGACCGGGCAAGCGGAAAAAAAUGAAAAUUUGAAUAGUGUAAAUAAUUUUUUAAUAUUUUUUUUUCUUUAAACUUUAAUUAAUAA